UAAAUUAAGAUAACAAUGGCUUUUUUUCAGAAAAUUAGUGUUUUAAGAUUAUUUAGGUUGCUAAUUAACCUAUACUUUUCGUGUUUCCUUCCCGUAUCUUGGAACAACAUUUUUUUAAAGAAAAAAUCAAAAUACAAUGAAAACAUUAGAAGAAUGUCCGCCACCACAGGAAAUAUUUUAUCUGGAACUGACAUAGCCAGGGAGAUCAAGGAACAGUUGACAAAGGAUGUAGCUGCAAUUAAGCAAAAGCUGCCCAAUUUCCAACUGGGGUUGGCUAUUGUACAAGUGGGUGGUAGAGAGGACUCCAAUGUGUACAUCCGGAUGAAAAUUAAAGCUGCCCAAGAAAUUGGUAUCAAUGCUGAACAUGUUAAACUGCCAAAAUCUACCACUGAAGUGGAGUUGCUGAGUAAGAUUCAAAAACUUAAUGCUGAUCCAAAUGUGCAUGGAAUUAUUGUACAAAUGCCUUUGGAUUCUGACACAAAGAUUGACUCACAUUUAAUCACUGAUGCAGUUGCUCCUGAGAAGGAUGUGGAUGGUCUUAACACAAUCAACGAGGGGCGAACAGCUAUUGGCGACUUAACAGGUUUCUUGCCAUGCACUCCAAACGGCGUUAUUGAAAUGAUAAAACGAACUGGAAUUCAAAUGGCAGGUGCUGAAACUGUUGUAUUGGGCAGGAGCAAAAUCGUUGGAACACCCGCUGCAGAACUUCUUAAAUGGAACCACGCGACUGUUACCGUCUGCCAUUCAAAAACUAAAAAUUUGAAAGCUCAAUGCCUUAAAGCGGAUAUUUUAGUCGUUGGUAUUGGACAACCGGAAUUAGUGAAAGGUGAUUGGGUGAAGCCAGGAGCCGUAGUCAUUGAUUGUGGAAUAAAUGCCAUUCCAGAUCCCACCAAAAAAUCUGGCCAAAGACUGGUCGGAGAUGUUGCAUAUGAAGAGGCUCGUAAAAAUGCCUCUUACAUCACCCCCGUCCCAGGUGGCGUCGGUCCCAUGACUGUAGCCAUGCUCAUGAAGAACACCGUACAAAGUGCCCAGAAAUCAGCCAACCGUAUUUUGAACGCGAAAUGGAACCUGAAACAUUUGCCGUUAAAACUUCUGAAUCCAGUUCCCAGCGACAUUGCCAUUUCUAGAGCACAGGAACCCAAGAACAUCGUUCAAUUGGCCGAAGAAAUUGGAUUGUAUCCGGGAGAGGUUUCUCCCUAUGGUACCACCAAGGCAAAAAUUUCACUUUCGGUUCUUGACAGACUGAAAGAACAACAAAACGGAAAAUACGUCGUUCUUGCUGGUAUUACUCCGACUCCAUUUGGCGAAGGCAAAAGUACCACCCUUUUAGGUUUGGUACAAGCCCUGUCCACUCAACUGGAUAAGAAUGUGUUCGCUACACUUAGACAACCGUCUCAAGGACCAACCUUCGGAAUCAAAGGUGGCGCUGCUGGUGGUGGAUACUCUCAAAUCAUCCCCAUGGAAGACAUGAACUUGCAUUUAACCGGAGACAUUCACGCUAUUACUGCGGCUCACAACUUACUGGCUGCCCAAUUGGAUGCAAGAAUGUUCCAUGAAGCCACCCAAACGGAUAAAGCUCUAUUCGAUAGAUUGGUACCAACGAUUAAGGGUGUGAGGAAGUUCUCUGACAUCCAGAUCAGGAGAUUGAAGCGACUGGGAAUUAACAAAACUGAUCCCAACUCUUUGACUGAUGAAGAAAAGGCCAGAUGGGCCAGGUUGAACAUUGACCCUAACCAUGUUACUUGGGAUAGAGUGUUGGAUGUCAACGACAGAUAUUUACGUGAAAUCACUGUGGGCCAGUCUCCAACAGAGAAAGGUCUUUCCCGUAAAACGGGCUUCACCAUUAGUGUGGCCAGUGAAAUUAUGGCUAUUCUUGCCCUCUCUAAUGAUCUUAAAGAUUUCAAGGAGAGACUAUCUAAAAUGGUCGUCGCUUUUGAUAAAAACGGCAAACCUGUGAUUGCCGAUGAUUUAGGAAUUACUGGGGCACUGAUGGUAUUGCUUCUAGACACCAUUCAACCAACUUUGUUGCAAUCUCUGGAGGGUACUCCCGCUCUUGUACAUGCUGGACCUUUCGCUAACAUUGCGCACGGUUCAAGCUCUAUAAUUGCUGAUAAGAUUGCACUGAAAUUGGUUGGAAAGGAUGGUUUCUGCGUUACUGAAGCUGGAUUUUCGUCUGAAAUUGGCAUGGAGAAAUUCUUCAACAUCAAAUGUAGAGCAUCUGGACUUACUCCGAAUGCUGUGGUGUUGGUUUCAACUGUUAGAGCAUUGAAAAUGCACGGUGGUGGUCCUGCCGUAACGCCUGGAGCUCCUCUUGCUCCUGAGUAUACCCAAGAAAACCUGGAAUUAGUCAGAAAAGGCCUUCCCAAUUUACUAAAACAUAUUAGCAACGGUGUUAAAUACGGGGUUCCCGUAGUAGUUGCCAUUAAUCACAGAGACGGAGAUACAGACGCAGAAGUCCAACUUAUUGCUGAGGCUGCCAAACAAGCUGGUGCUUAUGAUGCUGUUGUAUCUAAACAUUGGGCUUUAGGAGGUCUUGGUGCUAAAGCUUUGGCGGAAGCACUUGUCAAAGCUACUGAGAAGCCCAGCAACUUUAAGUUCCUUUACGACACUAAUUUACCUUUGCAAGAAAAAGCUAAUAUCAUCGCUAAGGAAAUGUAUGGUGCCGCGAAAGUUACUUUUACCGAAAAAGCGCUGGAGAAAAUUAAAAAAUACGAAGAAGAAGGAUAUGGAAAAUUGCCAAUUUGCAUGGCAAAAACUCAGUCAUCACUUACUGGUGAUCCCAAAAUUAAAGGUGCCCCAACUGGCUUCACCAUUGAUGUUUUUGAUGUAUCCAUCUCUGCUGGUGCACAGUUUGCUGUACUCUAUGCUGGAGAGAUCAAUAAAAUGCCUGGAUUACCAACUAGGCCAGCAAUUUACGACAUUGACGUGGAUACUGAAACUGGAGAAAUAACUGGACUAUUCUAAAUUAAAUUUAUUAUUUGACACAUUGAAUUGAAUGGAAAUUGAAUUACCGGAGUAGUUUUAUUUUCAUAUUUGAAUUGUUUUUAUUUGUAGUUGUACAUUUUUCAUUAAAUUUCAUAUAUUUUUUAUAAAUAUUAUACUUUAA